AUGGGCGUGCUCAAAGCCCUCCGUAAGAAAGAUGGACGGGAGUCACCAACGGCGGCGCCCGCCUACGAGCCAUCGGCGGACCCUUUGAGCGGCGAAAAAGACGAAGAGUACGGCCAUCAGCAAGCGAUCCAGACGGGAUGGACAGGAGACCCUCACGCCGGAGUCAAUGAAUAUCCAUCGGCGGAGAACUACCGAACGCUUGGGAGAUGGAGAGCUUGUGUGAUCUUGAUCACAAUUGAGGUCGGUAUUGGUGUUCUCAGUCUUCCAUCUGCUCUCGAAACUCUCGGUCUCAUUCCCGGCAUUAUAGCCAUAUUCGGGUUCGGAGGAUUGACGACGUAUUGCGGAUACAUCAUGGUUCAAUUUUACCGAAGGUAUCCUAUGGUUACGAACCUGGUCGAUUGCGCGCUGUAUAUUGGAGGAACGCCGUUCGAGUACUUCCUCGGUGUUGGGUUCAUCCUCAACCUGGUCCUCAUCUGCGCCUCCGCGAAUAUUACGAUGUCGGUUGCUUUGAACACCUUGUCUGGACAUGCACUUUGCACCGUGGCGUUUAUGGCGUUUCCGCAUAUCGCCUGCUGGCUGCUCUGUAUCCCUAGAAAGCUAACAUUCGCCGCGGCCAUGUCGUGGAUCUGUACGAUCUCUAUCGUCGCCGCCGUUCUCAUUGUCAUGAUUGCUCUCGGUGUGGCAGGUCCUAAGGCACCUCCCGGUUUUAAUGUACACAUCACGCUAGUUGGCAAACCCACCUUCGUCGAAACCGUCAACGCUCUUCUCAACAUCGCCUUCGCCUUCGCUGGGAACCAGUCAUUUAUGAGCGUCAUGGCAGAAAUGCGCCACCCAGAGAAAGAGUUUCCGCCCGCGCUCUUCAUGCAGAAGUCUUUCGAAGUCGUCGUAUAUGUGGUCGUAGCGUGCGUCAUCUACGGACUCGCAGGCGAAGCCGUGACUUCCCCAGCAUUGGGCUCCGCACCCACUAUCCCCGCGAAGGUCGCCUACGGAAUCCUCAUCCCAUCCGUCCUCGGAACCGGUCUCAUCAUUGGCAUCACCGCCAUAAAAUACAUGUACAUCGCCUUCAUGCGGCGCUUUAAGCCCGACCAAGUAAACGUCCACAAUACGUUCACCUGGUCCCUCUGGGUCGGCAUCGGCACGCUUUUCUGGGCUGUCACCUUCGUCGUGUCGAACGCCAUCCCCAUCUUCAGCUCCAUCCUCAAUAUCAGCUCCGCCAUCUUCAUUUCGUGGUUUACGUUUGGGCUCACGAGCUUAUUUUGGUUGCAUCUGAACUGGAAAGUGCAAUUUUCUACCCGAAAGAAGAGUGCACUGGCAUGCGUGAACUACGGAAUUCUGGGACUGACGUUGUUUUUAAAUGUGGGUGGGUUAUAUACGAGUUUGAAGGCGUUGAUUGAUGUUUUCAAUGAUCCAAAUAGUACGUUGAAUGGACCAUUCACGUGCGCGGACAAUAGCAUUUUCUAG